UGUAGAUUACAUGCAUAUAAAAACGCGAGCCACCCCUUCCAGCUCAAUGAAUGCGUUAAUCAUCGGAACGACCGUUACGUAUUCGUUACAAGAUGUAUUACUUAGCCUUCCUAUUAGUUUUUGUCGGGCUGACACACAGCCAGCCGGGGAAUCUCCAAUUCGAAGAUUGCGGGACAAAAGCAAAGAUUGUACAUGUCAAGCUGGACCCGUGCGAUUCUAUGCCUUGUGUAGUCCAUAGAGGCAAGCGGUCGGUUCUCUCCAUUGCAGCCAUCCCACACGUCAACAGUACGAAAUUGUCCUUGGAUGCUCGCUUCAAAUUCUGGGGCAUCAAGUACUGGGUGCCAGGCGCAGAACCAGAUCUCUGCAAAAGCAUCAAGUGUCCCGUCGUGGCCGGACAGACCUACGAAGCCUUUCAGAACAUUCAGCCAAGCAAAUGGAUUCCCUCAAUGACGACCACGGUGACUAUCAAGAUCAUCGCCGACAGCGUGGAGGUUGUAUGCUUCACUACGGAUAUAACGCUUGUAUAAUAACUUAGGCGUGACGUCACAGCGCCGGACUAUGUACAAAUAAAAUUAUUGUAUUAUAAAAAGUAGUAAA